AGAAAAACAGGAAAAAAAAAUUCUGACUUGGACUGCAGACAUAGUACAGGAUUGACCGUAGACUGCAGACACAUACAGAGAUGACCAUAAGACUGCGGACAGCACAGGAUGACCAGAGACUGCGGACAGUACAGGAGAUGACCAAAACAGCGGAAGUACAGGGGAUACAAAGACUGCGGACACAAUACAGGAGAUGACCAGAGACUGCGGACACAGUACAGGAGAUGACCAGAGACUGCGGACAUAGUACAGGAGAUGACCAGAGACUGCGGACACAGUACAGGAAAUGACCAGAGACUGCGGACACAGUACAGGAAUGACCAGAGACUGCGGACACAGUACAGGAGACUGGCCAGAGUCUGCGGACACAGUACAGGAGAUGACCAGAGACUGCGGACACAGUACAGGAGAUGACCAGAGACUGCGGACACAGUACAGGAGAUGGCCAGAGUCUGCGGACACAGUACAGGAGAUGACCAGAGACUGCGGACACAGUACAGGGAAUGAC